AUGGGAGCCAGGAGCUGCAAGCGACGUGAGUACACCUAUAAAGGAACAAGGGGAGGCACUGAAGCUGGUUGGGUAAAAGUGGGUGAGUGUGCAGGAGAAAGGGUUCUUCUAAGCCGUUUGCGGUUGUUCUUGAGCCCUGGGUAUCCAUAUGAGGAAAUUUUAAGGACAUUCCACAAUCAGACCAGCAUCAUUAUGUGCUCAUACCUUCCCAUUUUCACUAGCUUUAAUAGAACCAAAGGGGGUUUGAUUCAGUUAAACCAUGGAAGGCCUCAACCUCUUCAAUAUGUGGUCAAUGCAGCCUUUUUAGCUACGCUCUAUGGUGAUUAUCUCGAAGCUGCAGAUACACCUGGUUGGUAUUGUGGGCCCAAUUUCUAUUCAACCAAAGUGUUGCGUGAAUUUGCCAAAACACAGAUUGAUUACAUCCUUGGAAAAAACCCUCGUAAGAUGAGCUAUAUUGUGGGUUUUGGUAGUCAUUACCCAAGACACGCCCACCAUAGAGGUGCAUCUAUCCCUAGGAACAAGAUCAAGUAUAACUGUAAAGGAGGCUGGAAAUGGCGGGACAGGACGAAGCCAAACCCAAAUACAUUGGUUGGAGCUAUGGUUGCUGGCCCUGACAAGCAUGAUGGUUUCCAUGAUGUUCGUACAAACUACAAUUACACAGAGCCGACUCUUGCUGGCAACGCAGGUUUAGUUGCCGCACUUGUGGCUUUGUCUGGUGAUGGGACUACUGGGAUUGACAAGAACACCAUUUUCUCUGCAGUUCCCCCCAUGUUUCCAACCCCGCCACCACCUCCCGCACCUUGGAAACCAUGAGUUAUUGUGUCACCUCAUCUUCUAUUGCCAAGUGUGCUGUAUGACUAAUGAGUUUUUGGUGCAGUAAUAGUUUAUGGUGUUCGUAUCUCCUUAUUGUUAAGAGAAAUGCUACGACGAAGAAGGAGAUGCACAUAAGAAAGCAAUGACUAACUUCCUAAAGGCAAUGGGUUGGGGCCUGGUUGGGGAUUCCAGGGUCAUGGCCAGUGUUAAGAAUCGAUCACUGAUACUUGGGAAUGUCUCUUUCUUUUGAGUUUUUUCGUAUAUGUAAUAUAUAUGUAACCAUUAUCAUUCUUUAGACAAGAAUUUAACAGUUUGAAAUGAGUUCACAAAUCAAUUUCUAUCUUACUGAAUCAA